UGUGGUCGUAGCAAGCUUGUCCGAAGUGCCCAGCCUGAUGAAAAUCGAGGGUGCGAGAGGCCUCGUCUCGUCGGAACAUGUUCUUGUGGUUGAAUUUCAGGGAGCAGGAACUUCUGACCGUUAUGGUUUCUGUACUCAGCAUUAUUAUCCGAUCACCGACGAAAAGUCGCGUGUACAGAAAGACUAUUGCAUGUCUUCUUUCAUAUGACGACCAAACCUGGGAUGGUGAAAGUUCCCUAGAUUGGAGUAAAAAUGCAAGUGUUUGGUGUUAUUUUCAUUGUAUUAAGUGUUUGUCGCUCCAAUUUGGCUACUUAUGGUGGGCAUGACUUGUUCACAUCAUUGGGGCAGCUCAAUGAGCUUUGGAAAAACGAAGUGCUUGUAAUAAAAAACAUGAAAAAGGCCAUCCAAAAUAUGGACGAGAUCAAAGCAUCGUUAGUCAAAUAUAUCAAAAGUCACGAAGACGCUCAACUAAACCAAGAGCCCAACUUUGAUUAUUUGGGUCAGCCAAUUAAUGGAUACCUCAUGAUCCGCCAUGUCGCUCUUGGGUGGCAAGAAGUCCGUGAGCAGGUUUUCAAGGUUGAAAACGAAACUCGUCAAAUCUUUGACGAGCUGAAAGAUCGAGAGAAAGAAAAGCUUCCCGAUGAGCACGAUAUCCAUGGUGCUGCUUACGGAUUGGCCCGUUUGCAUUCACUUUACAGUUUAAACAGCACUCAAAUGAUUGAGAACGGGGUGAUUGAAGCCAAAAUCAAAAAUGGAAUUCAUGCCUUGUCUGAGCCUAGCGUCAUGAAGCUAACAGCUUGGGACUUGGACUUGAUUGCUCGCCAGGGCAAAACUCAGGGAUUGUACAAUACCAUGGUUGAUUUUUACGGCGUCUUAGUGGACAAAUUCCGCGGAGAAGAGCUCUCCAAGGAGAAACCCUUUGAAACAUUCAUGGCCAGUAAAAGGAAUUUGACAGACAUUCAACAAGACAUUAGACAUGCCAAGAUACUCCAUGAUGAAACACUGAUUCGGAGAGGUUCUCGCUCCGGGGCUCGAACCCAUGACCUUCCAUUGGACCCAAAGUUGCGCAAGAAGAAAAAAUUCAAGAAGAAGACCUUUGAGCUCAAAGAUCCCAUUACCGACGAGGAGAGGGCAGAAAAUCAUAGACAACUCGAAAUGCCGGAGGUGAAGCAAAAGGCUGACCUUCAAAAAGAACUUCUCUGCACCGGGGUCACCUUCAGGACUGCCAAUGAUACUAAGGAUCUCUUUUGCACCUACGCCCAUAACAACUCGCCUUGGUUGCGAUUGGGCCCCAUGAAAGUGGAAAUUCAGAGCAAAGAGCCCUAUAUUGCCGUUUUGAGGGAGCUCAUGUACCCCCACGAAUGUGACAAUAUCACCAGGUUCCUGGGUCCCCAUCUGGACUUUCCACCCGGUCGAAUGAACCCAAGACACAUGAUUAACGAUUGGACGAUGAAAAAUGCCUGGCCUAACGAAGCUCACAACAUUCAUUUGGAAAAAAUGACCCGACGAGUGGAACACAUUAGUGGACUUCAUGCUUCUAGCUUCAAAGAAGAAUCAGAUGCCUUUAUGUGCGGUAAUUAUGGAAUUGGAGGUCAUUAUGGCACACAUCCCGAUUUCAGCAAAUGGAACCCUAAUGCCUUUAUGGACGCCAAGUCGAGAGUGAACCGCAUUUCGACCGUCAUGACCGUUCUAGAUGCUCCAAUUGCAGGUGGUGCGACUGUAUGGCCAUUUUUGGGGGUGUCCAUCUUUCCUGAAAAAGGCUCCGCAGCCUUUUGGUUCAAUCUCAAGAGCGACGGCCGACCUGACUACUUGACUCUUCAUGCAGCUUGUCCCGUGCUCCUGGGACAAAAGUGGAUCGGAAACAAAUGGAUUGGAUAUACUCCACAAUGGAAGAUCAGACCUUGUGCCUUAAGCCCAAUGACUAGACAAUUUGGUCCCUUCCGCUGACUUUUUCAUUGGAUUCUAUGAUUCUUUUGGGUAAAUGUCACCUGUGAUACCAUACAUAUUUUUUUCUUUUUUUUUAUCGAGCAUGCCAUUAGGAUAUGGAAAAAAUAAACAA